AUGAGCACCGAUGGGGAAAUGGCAAUUUUUGGGGUGGCUGCCCAGUACCUGCGCAAGUCUGAGAAGGAGAGGACGGAGGCUCAGACACGGCCGUUUGACAGCAAGACGGCGUGCUUUGUGAACGAUGAGAAAGAGAUGUAUGUCAAGGCUGAGAUCCAGGAAAGGGCAGACGGCAAAGUCAGUGUGAAGACGGCGGAUGACAGAACUUUAGCUGUCAGGGAGGACCAAGUGUUUCCCAUGAACCCCCCAAAGUUUGAUAAGAUUGAGGACAUGGUGAUGAUGACACACCUCCAUGAGCCUGCUGUGCUGUACAACCUCAAGGAGAGAUAUGCAGCUUGGAUGAUCUACACCUACUCUGGACUCUUCUGUGUGACUGUGAACCCUUACAAAUGGCUGCCAGUCUACAACCCAGAGGUGGUCCAGGCCUACAGGGGAAAGAAGAGGAUGGAAGUCCCCCCUCACAUCUUCGCCUUGUCUGACAACGCCUAUCAGUUCAUGCUCACAGACCGUGAAAAUCAGUCUAUACUAAUCACUGGAGAAUCCGGUGCAGGAAAGACUGUUAACACCAAGCGUGUCAUUCAGUACUUUGCAACAAUUGCAGUGUCUUCUGACAAGAAAAAGGAGGCAAAUAACAAAAUGAAGGGGACUCUGGAGGAUCAGAUCAUCCAGGCCAACCCUCUGCUGGAAGCUUUUGGGAAUGCUAAGACUGUGAGGAAUGACAACUCAUCUCGCUUUGGUAAAUUCAUCCGAAUACACUUUGGUGCGACUGGUAAACUGGCAUCUGCAGAUAUUGAGACGUAUCUGCUGGAGAAGUCGAGGGUGACAUUUCAGCUGCGGGCUGAGAGAAGCUACCACAUCUUUUAUCAGCUUACUUGCAACAAGAAGCCUGAACUGAUAGAUCUACUCCUCAUCACCACCAACCCCUACGACUUUGCCUUCAUCAGUCAGGGAGAAAUCAGUGUGAAAAGCAUCAAUGACGCCGAAGAGCUAAUGGCUACAGAUGAAGCUUUUGAUGUUCUGGGCUUCUCCUCUGAAGAGAAAGCAUCCAUCUAUAAGCUCACCGGUGCUGUGAUGCAUUAUGGGAACAUGAAGUUCAAGCAGAAACAGCGGGAGGAGCAGGCUGAGCCAGAGGGCACUGAAGUGGCUGAUAAAGCAGCGUAUCUGAUGGGCCUGAACUCGGCAGAUCUGCUGAAAAGCCUCUGCUAUCCCAGAGUGAAGGUUGGAAAUGAGUACGUCACCAAAGGGCAAAAUGUUCAGCAGGUGUACAACUCUAUUGGCGCCCUUGCAAAAUCAGUCUAUGAGAAGAUGUUUUUUUGGAUGGUCGCAAAAAUCAACCAGCAGCUGGAUACGAAGCAAUCCAGACAACAUUUCAUUGGAGUUCUCGAUAUCGCCGGCUUCGAGAUCUUUGAUCACAACAGCAUGGAGCAGCUCUGCAUUAACUUUACCAACGAGAAGCUGCAACAGUUUUUCAACCAUCACAUGUUUGUGCUGGAACAAGAAGAAUACAAAAAAGAAGGGAUUGACUGGGAGUUCAUUGACUUUGGUAUGGAUCUGGCAGCCUGCAUUGAGCUGAUUGAAAAGCCAAUGGGCAUCUUCUCCAUCCUUGAGGAAGAGUGCAUGUUCCCAAAAUCGACAGACACAUCUUUCAAGAACAAACUCUAUGACCAACAUCUUGGCAAGAACAACUGCUUCUUGAAGCCCAAACCAGUCAAAGGGAAGCCUGAAGCCCACUUCACGUUGGUGCACUACGCCGGCACCGUGGACUACAACAUCACUGGGUGGCUCGAGAAGAACAAAGACCCGCUCAAUGAGUCGGUGGUGCAACUUUACCAGAAGUCAUCAGUCAAAAUACUGGCCAUGCUGUACGCCCACUACUCUGGAUCAGAUGAGACAACUGCAGGAGGAGCCAAAAAGGGAUCCAAGAAGAAGGGGGCAUCUUUCCAGACAGUGUCGGCUUUGUUCAGGGAGAAUCUUGGGAAGCUUAUGACCAAUCUGAGAACCACUCACCCUCACUUUGUGCGCUGCUUGAUACCAAACGAGACCAAAACACCAGGCGUCAUGGAGAACGGCCUCGUUAUCCACCAGUUACGAUGCAACGGCGUGCUGGAAGGCAUCCGGAUCUGCAGGAAAGGCUUUCCCAGCAGAAUCCUCUAUGGUGACUUCAAACAGAGGUACAGGAUUCUUAACGCGAGCGCAGUUCCAGAGGGACAAUUCAUAGAUAACAAAAAAGCUGCGGAGAAGCUCCUUGGCUCAAUCGACGUAGAUCACACACAGUACAAGUUUGGACACACUAAGGUGUUUUUUAAAGCCGGCCUGCUCGGCGCCUUAGAGGAGAUGAGAGAUGAGCGACUGGCGCAGGUUGUGAUGUCCACUCAGGCUCUGUGUCGCGGAUACCUCGUCCGGCUAGAGUAUCAGAAGAUGAUGGCCAGAAAGGACGCAAUCUACACCAUCCAGUAUAACUUCCGUUCCUUCAUGAAUGUAAAACACUGGCUGUGGAUGAAGCUGUACUUUAAGCUGAAACCUCUUCUGAAGAGUGCUGAGGCUGAGAAGGAAAUGGCCCAAAUGAAGGUGGACUUUGGAAAACUCAAGGAAGAUCUGUCCAAAUCAGAAACCCGUCGGAGGGAGCUGGAAGAGAAAAUGGUCUCCAUCGUACAAGAGAAGAACGAUCUCUUGCUUCAAGUCCAGGCCGAGGCUGACAACCUACUGGAUGCAGAGGAGAGGUGCGAAGGACUCAUCAAAAGCAAGAUCCAACUGGAAGCCAAACUGAAGGAGGUGACCGAGAGACUUGAAGAUGAGGAGGAGAUCAACGCUGAGCUGACCGCCAAGAAGAGGAAGCUCGAAGACGAGUGCUCUGAACUGAAGAAGGACAUCGACGACUUGGAGUUGACCUUAGCUAAAGUGGAGAAGGAAAAACAUGCAGUAGAAAACAAGGUAAAAAACCUAGUAGAAGAAAUCAUGAGCCAAGAUGAAAACAUCACCAAACUGUCCAAAGAGACGAAAGCCCUGCAGGAGGCUCAUCAGCAAACACUGGACGACCUGCAGUCAGAGGAAGACAAAGUAAACGUGCUUACCAAAGCCAAGACCAAACUGGAGCAGCAGGUCGAUGAUCUGGAAGGUUCACUGGAGCAAGAGAAGAAGGUCCGUAUGGAUCUGGAAAGAGCCAAGAGGAAGCUGGAGGCUGACCUGAAACUUGCUCAGGAGUCAAUCAUGGAUCUGGAGAACGACAAGCAACAGCUGGAAGAAAAGCUGAAAAAGAAAGACUUUGAGUUGUCACAACUGCAGUCAAGGAUAGAAGACGAACAAGCACUUGGUGGCCAGCUGCAGAAGAAACUCAAAGAGCUCCAUGCCCGAAUUGAGGAACUGGAGGAGGAAAUCGAGGCCGAGCGUUCGGCUCGAGCCAAAGUGGAGAAGCAGAGGUCUGAUCUGUCCAGGGAACUUGAGGAGAUCAGCGAGAGGCUGGAGGAGGCCGGAGGAGCCUCCGCCGCUCAGGUGGAGAUGAACAAGAAGCGGGAAGCUGAGUUCCUCAAACUUCGCAGAGAGCUGGAGGAAUGCAUGCUGCAGCACGAUGCUACCUCUGCUGCUCUGCGCAAGAAACACGCAGACAGUGUGGCCGAAAUGGGAGAACAGCUGGAUAACAUGCAGAGAGUCCGGCAGAAGCUGGAGAAGGAGAAGAGUGAGUUAAGGCUGGAGUUGGAUGACACGUCAAGCAAUAUGGAAUCAGUGGCCAAAACAAAGAUCAAUUUAGAGAAAAUGUGCCGAUCACUUGAAGAUCAACUGAAUGAGGUGAAAACCAAAGAGGAGGAGCAUCUGAGGCUCAUUAACGACUUUUCGAGCCAGAAAGCUCGGCUUCAGACAGAAAACGCUGAGAUGUCUCGGCAGCUGGAGGAAAAGGAAUCCCUGAUGUCACAGUUAACCCGCGGUAAGCAAGCCUUUAUUCAGCAGAUCGAGGAGCUGAAACGGCUUCACGAGGAGGAGGUGAAGGCUAAAAACGCCUUAGCUCACAGUUUGCAGUCAUCACGUCAUGACUGCGAGCUGCUAAGAGAGCAGUACGAGGAGGAACAGGAGGCCAAAGCCGAGCUGCACCGCUGUCUGUCCAAGGCGAACAGCGAGGUGGCUCAAUGGAGAACCAAAUACGAGACAGACGCCAUCCAACGAACCGAAGAGCUCGAGGAGGCAAAGAAGAAGUUAGCCCUCCGUCUGCAGGAUGCAGAAGAAGCUGUGGAGGCUGUUAACUCCAAGUGCUCCUCUCUCGAGAAGACGAAGCAGCGGCUGCAGGGAGAGGUGGAGGACCUAAUGAUGGAUGUGGAGAGGUCUAACGCUGCUGCUGCCGCUUUGGACAAGAAGCAGAGAAACUUUGACAAGGUUGUUGCUGAGUGGAAGCAGAAAUACGAGGAGGGUCAAGCAGAGCUGGAGUCAGCUCUAAAAGAUGCUCGCUCUUUGGGCACGGAGAACUUCAAGAUGAAGAAUGCCUUUGAGGAAUGCCUGGAACAAGUGGAGACACUCAAACGGGAAAAUAAAAAUCUGCAACAGGAAAUCAUGGAUCUCACGGAGCAGCUGGGAGAGAUGGGGAAAACCAUCCACGAGCUCGAGAAAUCAAAGAAACAGGCUGAGCAGGAGAAGUUAGAGGCUCAGACGGCUCUGGAGGAGGCAGAAGGCUCACUGGAGCACGAGGAAUCCAAGAUCCUUCGAGUCCAGCUGGAGCUAAACCAGGUGAAGUCUGAGGUGGACAAGAAGCUAGCUGAGAGGGACGAGGAGAUCGAACAGCUGAAGAAGAACAGCCAAAGAAUCAUCGACACAAUGCAAAGCAAUCUGGAUGCCGAGGUCCGGAGCAGGAACGAUGCCCUCAGAGUGAAGAAGAAGAUGGAGGGAGACCUGAACGAGAUGGAGGUCCAGCUGAGCCACGCUAACAGGCAGGCAGCCGAGGCCCAGAAACAGCUGAGGAACAUUCAAGUUCAGCUCAAGGAGGUCCAAAUUCAACUCGAUGACGCCCUGAGAAACACCGAUGACAUGAAAGAGCAGGUGGCCAUGUCGGAGCGCAGGAGCAACCUCGUGCAGGCUGAGAUGGAGGAGAUCCGAGCGGCUCUGGAGCAGACCGAGAGGAGCCGCAAGCUAGCGGAGCAGGAGCUGCUGGAUGCCAGCGAGAGAGUGCAGCUGCUACACUCACAGAACACCAGCCUGCUCAACAGUCGGAAGAAGCUGGAGGCGGAUCUGUCUCAGAUUCAGAGUGAGAUGGAUGAUAGUGUCCAAGCAGCCAGGAACGCUGAGGAGAAAGCCAAGAAAGCCAUCACUGAUGCGGCCAUGAUGACGGAGGAGUUGAAGAAAGAGCAGGACACCAGCGCUCAUCUAGAGAGGAUGAAGAAGAACCUGGAGGCGACUGUCAAAGACCUGCAGCAGCGCCUUGAUGAGGCCGAGAACCUGGCCAUGAAAGGCGGAAAGAAGCAACUCCAAAAGCUGGAAGCCAGGGUGCGAGAACUCGAGAACGAGCUCGAAGCGGAACAAAGACACGGCUCAGAGUCUGUGAAAGGUGUGCGCAAACUUGAGCGCAGGAUUAAGGAGCUCACCUAUCAGUCCGAGGAGGACAAGAAGAGCACGAUGAGGCUGCAGGAGCUGGUAGACAAACUCCAGCUGAAGGUGAAAGCGUACAAGAGGCAGGCUGAAGAAGCUGAAGAGCAAGCCAACACUUACCUGACUAAGUUGAGGAAGGUGCAGCAUGAGCUGGAGGAGGCCGAAGAGCGAGCCGACAUCGCAGAGUCUCAGAUCAACAAGAUGAAAGUGAAGAGUCGAGACACGAGCAAGGCAAAAGAUAGCGGAGAGUAGCGUCGGUUAAUAUCGAACGCUGAGACUUUGAAAGUCAUUUGAGCUCAUUUACAACAUAUUCUUAAUCAAAUGUGUGUUUUUUUUCCCUUUAAAGCCACUGUGGGUAUAAUUUAUGUAUGAAGAAAAGAAGACUUAAUUGGCAGAUGAAGACCUAAAGUUGGUGGAGAACAAAUUCAGAGAUAAAAAGAGGAAGUGGUGCUCAGUUACAGAGCAGUACCGCCAUGAUAAUGUUGCAAAACGAGCAGCAUCAUCCUGGCAGAAACUGAUAUUUUAGUAACUGACAAAUAAAAAUUCUGUCUUUGGCUUCCUCCCACAGUCCAAACACACACGUCAUACACACAGUGACUUUAAACUUUAAGCGAGGCAGUUAUCUUCUGUAUUUGCUUGCAUGUGUUUGUGUUGUGUUAGUGAAUGUUUGUUGCCUCAAUUGUAAUAAAAUCCUUCAUCUUAAAAAAAGUCCAUUAAUACAAAUGGUGUAUUACCGUUAUUAAUAUUUAUUGAUGCAUAUGGAAUAAA